GUGUCAAAAGCGGCAGCAGACCUGAUGGCGUACUGCGAAGCCCACGCCAAGGAGGACCCUCUAUUGACCCCCGUCCCGGCCUCAGAAAACCCCUUUAGAGAGAAGAAGUUCUUCUGCGUGAUCCUGUAAACCCUGGAGGAGCCUGACCGGCACUCAGGCCACCCUGAACACUGAUGUAGAGUUUUUAGGAACGGGGACGACCUGCUAGUCCGCAGAAUUCAAACAAAAAUAAGUAAAAUACACGGCCUGGAAGCUACAGAGAUGUGCAUGUUUAAAGAACCUGGCCACCUUUGGGGGAAUAAGAUGAUCUGCAUUGCGAGGCAAAAGAUCUGAAGUCUGUAGAGUUGCCUAGAAAGAAAAAAAAAAA